AUGGCUUCUGAAUCCUUCGAAAAACCAACUGUCUUCCAGUCGGAAGACCCUGAGAAAGUUCUCGAUCUCAAGGAUCCCCUUGCUGCGGCUGGGUUCGAGGAUCCCGAUGCAGGGAAGAGUGCCGAAGAAAGGGCGGAAAUCGAUCGCAAGCUGCUAUGGCAACUCGAUAUGCGUCUCGUGCCGUGGCUCAGUCUACUUUAUCUCGUUUCAUUCCUUGAUCGGACAAAUAUCGGUAACGCGAAGAUUGUCGGUCUUCAAAAAGAUCUGAACAUGACCAGUGCCCAAUACAAUGCCACACUCACUAUAUUCUUCGUCUCAUACUCAGUCUUCGAGCCUUUGACCAAUGUCCUGCUCAAGAAGUUGCGGCCGAGUAUCUUUAUCCCAUGUAUUAUGAUGGCAUGGGGAAUUUGCAUGAUCUGUAUGGGUUUCGUCAAGAACUACCACGGCCUAAUGGCCGUCCGUUGGUUCUUAGGUCUAUCUGAAGCCGGUCUGUUCCCCGGUGUGGGUUAUUUCCUCUCUUGCUGGUAUAAGCGCUCCGAAUUUGGAGUACGUAUGGCCAUCUUCUUCUCCGCGGCUGCGCUCGCGGGUUCCUUCGGCGGCCUACUAGCUGCAGCGAUUGCUAAGAUGCACGGCGUGGGCGGUAUGAAGGGCUGGGCUUGGAUUUUCAUUCUAGAAGGUCUACUCACAGUUAUUAUUGGUGUUGCCUCGUUCUGGUGUGUCUAUGACUUCCCUGAUCAGGCGCGGUUCUUGUCGGAAAUCGAUCGCAAGCGCGUUCUCAGACGACUCGCAAUGGAUCAGCAGUCUAGUGCUGAGCAUGAGGAGUUCAAGAUGGAUUACUUCUGGUCCAGUCUUAAGGAUUGGAAAACCUAUACUGGGGCUAUGAUAUAUAUGGGGGCUGAUGGGUCACUUUAUGCAUUUUCGCUCUUCGUGCCUACUAUCAUCAGUCAACUAGUGAGCUACAGCUCGAUUCGCGCACAGUUGCUAAGCGUACCGCCAUAUGCCGCCGCCGCCGUCAUGACAGUGACAGUUGGCUUUAUCGCAGAUCGUACAAGACAGCGUGGUCUCUGCAAUAUGUCUGUUUCGAUCCUCGGUAUAGUAGGUUUCUCUAUGCUACUAGGCUGUGAGUCUGCCGGCGCCCGCUAUGCAGGAACCUUCCUUGGAGCCAUGGGAAUCUACCCAGCUAUUGCAAACACGAUUUCGUGGACCAGUAACAACACCGAAGGCGUAUACAAACGAGGUGUCUCCCUCGGAUUUAUUAUCGGCUGGGGAAAUCUGAACGGCAUUGUCUCUUCUAAUAUCUACCGCGACGCUGAUAAGCCGAAAUUCUACCCCGGUCACAGUGUAGUACUCGGCUACCUGGUGCUGUUCCAGUUUGGUGGAUCCGUGUUGCAGUACAUCCUGCUGCGCCGUGAGAACAGCAAGCGCAGACGGGGGAGCGAGACCAGUGGAUCCAAGGCUUGGACCAGAGCCAGAUCGAGCUGUUGGGUGACAAGAGACCGGAUUUCCUUUACACACUGUGAGCAGCGGAAUAAUCGGAUGGGACGAAAGGGAGAACGGAGCCACAUCGAGAUAUAA